CUUUUUUUGAACUUCCGACUUCACGUCAUUCGUCAUUCGUUGUUUCAUACGAUCCCGUAGCACUAGAUAGAGCUGUGCUAAGAGGUCUUAGGACCCCGAUCGCGUAGUCCAAGUUUCCCGGAUAUGCUGCCUGUCUUAAGAGUUCUUCAACACCAUGUCCGUCACCCUACACACCACUCAGGGUGAUCUCAAAAUUGAGGUCUUCUGUGAAAGCGUGCCCCAAACCGCAGAGAACUUCUUAGCACUAUGUGCAUCAAAUUACUACGACCAGUCGCCAAUUCACCGACUGAUCCCUGGGUUCAUGGUCCAAACAGGUGGCCCAGCAAACCCUACACCAGAUAACCCAAAAGGUGGCAAGUCAAUAUGGGGUGGGACAUUUGAGGAUGAGAUCCGGCCAACACUUAAGCACAAUGCCCGUGGAAUAGUAUCAAUGGCAAAUAAAGGACCCGGGACCAACGGCUCACAGUUUUUUAUUAUCUUCGAUAAGGCACCUCAUCUGGAUGGCUUGAAUACCGUGUUUGGAAAGCUUAUUGGAGACGACAGCCUCGCUACUUUGGCUAAACUAGAAGCACUCGAAGUGGACAAGAAGAAUCGACCAAAGGAGAAGGUGUUGGUCGAGAAGGUGACUAUCCACGCUAAUCCGUUGGCAGCGUGAGUAUCAUAUCAUAUCAUAAUCUUACUCUACGAAACUACACAUACUACACAUACCACACGAAGGCCCACGGCCAAAGUCCAUCUAGGCGAGUAUAUAUUUGAAGCUUAUGUGUUCUAAACCUCUGCACACCCUAUGCUCAAUAGACACUCAGCUAUUAAAUUUUGCGGUCUUACUUCAUCCAACGGCAAGUGGGGUGGAAGAGAACAUUUGGUUCCAGAAAUAGGGGUAUGUUCUGUAAACGAGUCCAACUUUCCCACGGUAGAAGAUACCAGAGGGAUCCGGGCCUGUGUAAAACCGGCAGUUGUAUAACCGCACCGUUGCUGUUGACAAGGUGCGACAGAAUCGCGAACCGUAGAUUCCUAUGUAAUAAAGAAAGAAGUCCAUUACAAGCCCACUGCAACUACCGUAUGUAGCAGUUUGCUUCUUCCGUGUAGCUUUAGUUAGUAACUGCCUAAGCACCUAGUCCUCUUGAACCCAUAAUCUAAGAAAGUGCAAGAACAA